GAAAUCGUCCGUCAACUGUUCAUUGUUAUUGUCCCGUGUGCCUGCCGUGUCGGUUUCGGCUCGGCAUUUUCUCAGAGGAACAAGCUCAAAAUAUACCUUUUUAUUCAGUAUUCUAUUCUUUCCGCGUCUAGUUGUUUGCUGGGCCAUUGAAGCACUACAAUGGUUGCUGCCAUGGAGGUGUCGACAGAUGUGGAGAUGAAGAGUGCCGAUAGUCCAGCAGCUGAUGUAGAAUCUACAGAUUCUAAGAAAGACGUUGAUCUGCUAAGCAUUGCAGACAUCCGGGAACAUGCAAGACAAAUUGAAAAAGCUAUCCAGACUAAGGAGCCACGAUUUCUCCUCAGAGUGCUACGCUCUCUGCCUAACACCAGGAGGAAAUUGAACUCAAUAGUUCUCAGAGGAAUCAUCAAUGGACUGUUUACCUUCUCAUCAGCUGACCGAGAAUCCCUCCUGGUCUUCGUUGAUGAACCCAUGGAUACAGACAGCUCUGCUGCAAACCAACGAGUGAGAAGUGGCAAGGCUUCAACCACCCCGCUACUCCCUGAAGUCGAUGCUUAUGUACAUCUGUUGGUACUUGUCAGGCUGAUUGAUACUGGAAAACAUCAAGAAGCUGUCCAAUGCUCAGAGCAGUUAAUGUCCAAGUUAAUGGGACAAAAUCGCCGUACUAGUGAUUUGAUUGCAGCUAAAUGCUACUUCUACCACAUGCGUUGCUACGAGCUGACCAAUCAGCUAGACAAAAUCAGAGGAUUUUUCCAUUCUCGUCUGCGCACAGCAACUCUGCGCAAUGACUAUGAAGGUCAAGCUGUCCUUAUCAACUGUUUGCUCCGAAACUAUCUGCACUACAAUCUGUAUGAUCAAGCUGAUAAACUAGUGUCAAAAUGUAACUAUCCUGAAACUGCUAGUAACAAUGAAUGGGCACGUUUCUUGUAUUACCUGGGACGUAUCAAAGCUGCUCGGCUGGAAUAUACUGCAGCCCAUAAGCAUCUUGUUCAAGCUCUUCGUAAAGCUCCUCAACAUGCUGCUAUUGGCUUCCGUCAAACUACCCAGAAGUUGGCUGUCACAGUAGAGCUGCUUCUUGGUGAUAUCCCUGAACGGCAAAUAUUCAGACAGGCAGCACUCCGCCGCUCUUUGGGCCCAUACUUCCAACUUACUCAAGCAGUAAGAAUGGGCAAUCUACAUAGAUUUGGUGAAGUCCUAGAGAACUUUGGCUCAACCUUCCGAGCUGAUCAUACCUACACUCUCAUCCUGCGACUGAGGCAUAACGUCAUCAAAACUGCCAUUCGAGCCAUUGGCCUUUCGUACUCCCGCAUCUCACCAGCAGACAUUGCCAAGAAGCUUGGACUAGAUUCCCCUGAGGAUGCUGAGUUUAUUGUAGCUAAAGCCAUUCGUGAUGGUGUAGUUGAAGCUACCCUGGACCCAGAAAAGGGUUAUAUGCGCAGCAAGGAGAGUGCUGACAUCUAUUGUACUAGGGAGCCCCAACUUGCAUUCCAUCAGCGAAUUUCUUUCUGUCUUGAUUUACACAACCAAAGUGUUAAAGCAAUGCGGUACCCGCCUAAAUCAUAUGGUAAGGAGUUGGAAUCAGCUGAGGAGCGGCGUGAACGUGAGCAGCAGGAUCUAGAACUUGCCAAGGAGAUGGCAGAAGAAGAUGAUGACGGCUUCCCUUGAACAUGUUUUACUAAGACUUAAAAGAUAAUUCUGAUGACUGUUUUAGUGAGUCAUAAUAUCUGUAUAGUGUAUCAUCAUUUAACAAAACUUCUGCAAAUGUAUUUAUAAUAUUUUGUCUCUUCUGACCUUGCUAGGGAGGAAGUGAUUUAGAGUAAAUAUAUGGAAUUUGAUUAAAAAUUGAAAUAAAUAAUCAAGACAUUGUUUACCAAA